AUGCGUGUCUUCCUCAUCCAAACGGCAAAAGGCCUCUUCUCAUCUUCAGGCGGUUACAAGACCAACUAUGCCCUCCUUCGCUAUCUGUCUUCUGCGGGCCAUCGUGUCCGUCAACUCUGCUACUCACAUUGUGGAGAGAUUGAGGCCUACUUGAAAGAUAAAAAGAACAACGGGGACCAUCUGAGAACCAGGAUCCUUCACAUGAGACCUGAAGACGGCAGGACCGGGGUUAACGUCAAGGUUCACAAGUUUUACAUGGACGAUGGUGUUGAAGUCGUGGCAUUGGACAGCGAAGCGUUUGACGAGGCGUUUGGUGGUAAGAUGUCGUUGCACAGUAAACUAUCCAAAAUGUCAGCUGAGUAUAUCGAGACUGGAACAUGCUCGCCGCCGUUGCUGGAAUUUAUCUCGUUCCUCCACGAUGAAAUCAGACGCUUUCAUCCUACGCACAUAAUCUCCAACGACGGUCUAUCCAUGCAGGUCAGUUUCGACCUUGAUCUGGCCGAUCUAAACAUGUCCCGCAUCGCAGUUGUCCACACCGCCGAGCAACUUCCUUUUGGUCCCUUCGCUUUUGGAAUUCCAGGACAGUCGAGCACGGUAGGAGAAGUGGAACUUCUCCGACGCAUGGAUGGAGUCUGGAGUGUAUCUCAAGUUAUCAAGGACUACGCUCUUGAGCACGGACAACUGCAGUCGCGGUUUCUGGUGCAUCACCCUUGGACGUAUCUAGUCGGUGAUAGCCACGAGAUACCGAAGCAUUUAUCGAAUUGGGACAAGCCAUACAUCGCCAUGGUUAACCCGUGCCAUAUCAAGGGAGCCAGCAUUUUUGUUGAUCUUGCCAAAGCUUGUCCGCAGUAUGACUUCCUCGCGUUUAUGAGCUGGGGCGCCAGCGAGAAGGUAGUCAAUCAGAUCAAGGCCCAGCCAAACAUAACAACUCGCCCAUCGUGUGUAGAUGCAGAGGACCUCUGGCGCGACAUCAAAAUCCUCAUAGUUCCCUCCCUCUGGUGCGAGGCCUGGGGAAUGGUGGUAGUCGAAGCGCACCUUCGGGGCAUACCUGUUGUCGCUUCAAACGCGGGAGCUGUGCCUGAGGCGAUGCUUGGACUGGAUUACAUCAUUCCCGUCAAUGCCAUCAGUGGCGAACAUGACGAGACGGGGUGUUACAUCAUUCCUGAGCAAGACAUACAACCUUGGGCUAGGGUGGUCACGAGACUUAUGGAGGACAAGAGCGAGUAUGAGAAGACGUCGUUGUAUGUACGUAAUGUUACUCAGCAGUGGUUGGAGAGUCGUGACAUUACUGAGAUAGAGAGAUGGAUGAUGGGUAUGGGUUUGAAGCUUGGUGCACGUGGAAACGGAUUAAUGUCUUUACGUUUGUAG